AUGCGACCCCCUCCACAAGUUUAUCGUGAUAUAAAGCACUCAGACGAGCCUCAAAACGCAGUUGCAAACGUAAAAGAUCUCUCCAGAGCUCCCAUCGGGCACGACGGCUCGGCUAUUGGUUGCUCAAGGGGUUCCCGGGAGCCGAAGAGCUCACCCUCCCGUCAGCAGCAUGCUUCUGGGGGCAAUGGGGCCCCUGAGUUAGUCUCUGGGGCUCGCCUCAGGCUAAAUCUGGAGUCUCUUUAUGCAGCCUCGAAUACCUUAAAGGACCGUAAUGGUAUUGGCCACCCAGGGCCACAGUGCCUUGGUGAGGGAAGGCGUUUGACUGCUAAUGAAGCAACCGCUAUGAGGGACUAUACACUACGCUUGCUGCAAUACAGCGAGUGGGAGGCUGAGAAGCACUCUACAAGCCUCGCCAAACAGCAGCGUCGGGGGCAUCUGACAGCCCGGGGAUCUGCAGUCGGGGCCUCCGGUAGCAGUACAGACCGCAACGAUGCACAUUUUAAGAGUGAAACGCCGCGUGCAGCACGCAGCCUUGUGAAGAGCCUCGUGCAUCAGCUGGAAGCUAGGAAGAUUCGCUGUGAAGCAGGGGGAACUGUGCGGCAUACAGGUCAUUUAGGGGGGCCCAUGACACACGUGCCAGUGUUCGCUGGGAAGGAAAAGGAAGAGGAUUCUGCAGGAAGCAGUAGUACAGGCCGCCCUUGGGCCCCUUUAGACUCCCCUAUACCAGAAGAAAAACAGACAAGUGCCUCGUGCAGCAACACAACGGGGAAAGUAAAUACAUUACAGCAGUGCAAUUCUGUAUCAGUCAAGGGGGAGCCGAAAGGGGGGCAAGGUGCCUCAGAGGAGCCAUGGCGUUUAGAGGCUCACCAGCUAGACGCUGCACUCCACAGAGGGACUCCUGAAAAGAUAGUGGGCUCCUAUUUGUUGGGACGGACAAUAGGAGAGGGAACAUUUGGAAAGGUAAAGGUAGGGACCCAUACGUUGACUGGAGAAUGUGUGGCGGUUAAAGUUUUGGAGAAGGACAAACUGAGGGCUGCAGAGGAUGCGGAGAGAGUUCUGAGGGAGAUUCAUAUCUUAAGGGCUGUCAGGCACCCCCACAUAAUCCAUCUCCUAGAGAUUGUUGAAACAGCUUCCCGCCUUUACCUCGUAAUGGAGCUGGCGAGUGGAGGGGAGCUCUUCGACUUCAUAGUGCAGCGGCAGCGGGUCGAUGAGCCGACAGCCCGCAGGCUCUUCAGGCAAAUCCUCUCGGGCGUCGAAGCCUUACACUCCAUGUUUAUCUGUCAUAGGGACCUGAAGCCUGAGAAUCUUUUACUGGACUCCUCGAUGAACAUCAAAAUAGUUGACUUCGGGCUUUCCAACUUGUACCGCCACAAACGAAUGCUUGUGACAGCAUGUGGCUCCCCAUCGUACGCUGCACCUGAAAUCGUACAGGGAAAACUCUAUUCCCCGCUAGCCGUCGACAUCUGGAGUUGUGGAGUUAUCCUCUACGCCCUGCUUGUAGGGCGUCUUCCCUUCGAGGAGAGCACCACUGAGGGCCUAUACCGGCGCAUCAUCAGUGGCCACUUUGGAUGCCCUAGCCACCUAAGCCCUGAGGCCUGCAGUCUUCUGCGGGGUAUUCUGCACACGAGUCCGCUCAAACGCCUCGGUCCACUUCAAAUUAAGCAGCAUCCCUGGCUAAGUGGUGGAGAAGGAUUUGGGCAGAUACCCCGAAGCCUUGCGUCCUCUCGUUGGCCAUUCGGUCCACCCGUGUGCUGCUUCGCCAGCUGCCGCGCCUGCUCGGAGUGGCUCCAGUCUUCAUCAGCCCAGCUCAGAAGGGAUAUCCUGGAACAAAUGCCGCGCUGUCAAUUCUCGGUGGAGGCUCUUGAAUGCCACAUUCGCUGCCAUCCUGUAGGAGCCCAUGCGGCAACGUACCACUUACUAUGUAUCAAGAAGAGGCGUGAAGAGGAUGCUGCAGCUUCUCAAGCAAAGCAGCAGCAAAAACAGUGCCUCGAAUGUCCAAGCCCUCAAAACGAGGCGCUUAGGUCGCCACGGGUCAAAUGCCCAAGCGUACAAGGUCCUGACCCUGCUGUGAAAAUGCGCAGUGAGGGUGCCUCAGUGGCACUGGCCAAGUUCGCACUGGAUUCUUCUUCGCAUAAGGCUUGUCAGAAGAGGACCGACGGCGUUGUUACCGCGUCUAGAGAGACUGCAAAACCUGCGAAUGCAAAAGAAAGAAGAAACGAGCCGUUCAAUUCACAAGAAUCGCUACAACGGCAGGUGGAUCAAACAAGAGUGCGCCGUCAAAUCCAGAGCAUUCGGCAACGGCCGGAGCGUCUCAUCUACAGCUGUGCACGACCUCGUUCAGCCACAGGUGGCCAAGCAACAGGAGGCAAAAUGCUAAAUCUUUCCGCUGCCCCAAGAGAGCCAGACCAUAGCAUGACCGCCGCAGCUUGGCAGAAACAACUUCCUGCUGUGCCCCAUGAGCACACAGCUGCCCGCGCACUGACACAAAGAGAGAAACGGCUUCCCUACGCAUCGCACUUACGCAGAUCCAUCCCACUGCCAUGUGAUAGCCUUGACGCCGUGGAGGACAACUUACUUAAUUCCAGUCAGGAAAAAGCACAAUUGCAAUCCAGUGCACUGCCUACAGAUGGAGGGCGCAGCCAGGACCAGAUGGAACUGCUUAGAGACUCGAUGCAUUCAGAGCUUGAAGCCACGCAACGCCUUCAAGAGCAAGAGUGUAUCCUUUCAGCUUUGCGAAAGCAACAGGCACCAACUGCCACGCAGAAGGACGUCUCAGUAAGGCAGAACAUUUUACAACGGGGGCAAGGAAAGCCUGUGCAAAUCAAGGGAGCACAAUCGAUGCAGCAUGAUCAAGUACAGCCUAGAGCGGACACUUUGCAGACAACGCAGCAACUGCUGCAUAACAUACUUGUGCGGCAGCACAAGCAGAUGCGCGAGGAGCACAUGCAACGCUUUGUAGGACGGCUUCCGAAUCAAUUACUAAAUGCAGAUCAGCCUGCGUGCUGGCCUUUGAUGACUCGAGGCUCCCUACCAGCUAGCACAGUUCCAAAACCUUCCCUAGAGAAGCAGAAGAGUUCUACGCGGAUGCUGAUGUCUCUGCUUUCCCCACGCUGCUCGGUUGAGCAUGCCAUCCUUCGUUCACAAGCAGAGUCACAAGGCGCAAGGGGGUCGUUAACAGCAGCGCCACUUACAGCAGUCCUAAGUCCCUCGAAAGCUGGAAUUUGCAGAGACAGCGCGGCUUGCUCAGGGAGAGGAAGCAGUGUCCGAGACCCCACUGGCCUCACUUCCACAACACAGAGGGACUCAACUUCGGGAUGUGCAGGUCCGGAAGCUCAAGCCAGGUGCUCCAGAGGUGGCAACCAGAAGCUUCCUCGCAGGGUGCCUGGGGGUUUAAUUCCAACAAAGCCAUCGACCAUGGUGACACAAACUCCAGGACGGCGAUUGCACACUGAGGAAAGAAUGCAGAACAGAGAGCUGAAUAAAACGGCUUCGCGAGCAACCCAUAUUCCGUCCUUAUCAUUAAGAGCGACAAAUAAGAGCAGCGGAACUAGCAGCGGAACUAGCAGCAACAACUCCGCUGGGAUUAGCAUCAGACUGAGCCACAAUAAAGGCUCAACAGUGAUUGGUCCGGAUGAUUCAAGCAAAACCGCGAAAUCACGUGAGUUUUGCAAUGACCUUGGCGCACAGACAAAACAAGAGCUCCAGCAGAGUGGGUUGCAGGUACAGGAGCAGCACAACACCUCGCGAGGGAGCAAACUUUCCUUUCCUUCUGGCGCGCCUAAGCCUCAGGCAUGUAUUGAAGCCUCCCAGGCAACAGUGAAGACUCCUUCCAUACCAACCAGCCGGAAGUCCUCUGUAAUAGCCUCAAGCUGCCAUCAUGCAAAGUCUACAAUCUCAGACAGCAGAGCUCGGCCCCUUGCACUGUCCCUAAGGACACAUCAAAGGCCGCCGGUCGAUAGCAACAGAGUAGCUGCAGCAGCAACAGCACGGGGAAAUUCACUGUUGCGUCGUUCAGUAUGUCCUCCUACUUUUACUGCGAAUGGGACCUCCCUUGAGUCACGGCCGAUCGGGGGCUCCUUGACUGCACGCAACACCUUCGAGAAAACUGACACAGCAGGUGCGAGGCCUGGAGCUGUUAGUGGUCACGGGGUGCCUUCUGGCAGUGCAAUGGGCAGCAAUCUGUCACGGCUUGACAGCCUGAGAGAACAAACCCACCCCGUUUCUCUAAGGCUCCUUGCAGUGGCAAAGGCCAAAGUUGGAGCAAGGAGAGCUGCGUCCAUUCAAGCACAAUUGUCCACAAGGAAACAGCCCUGCCGCAACAACGUUCUACCUGUGCAGUCACAUUCAAGGGCAUCUACCGCCGCCUCACAGGGGGGUGUCCGUGGCGCUAUUCACUCGGCUUCAAAAGGGGCAGCGUCUCCGCCUGUUGUGCAGCCCUCGCAGCAACGAUCAGAGACUGCUGACGGCAUGAUAUCCACGGGUCUCAGGACCCCAUACAAGCCAGACAAUAUCUCUACACCAGCAGCUCUAGGUCGGAUGUCCACAGCUAAAACGCCCCCUGUGGCGACUCGCAUUCCAGUCAGAGAUGCUUGGGUCGAUAUCAAUAGCUUGAGUGAGAGAAAAAACUUUGAAGAUUCGAGAAGCAUCCUACGCCGUAUUCCUUCUCGGCCUUCUGUUCAAGGCCAAGCGCCUCACAGUCAACCAGAUACAAGGAAGAGGCCCUCUGAAGGGGUUAUACAAGCAGCCGGUGUAAAUGUCAACAAAGACUUUAGGAGAGGCGGCUCCAACUUUACGUCUUCAAGCGCUGCAGAGGCACCAGGGCCCAGUAGUGAUUUACGUGCGGUGCCUUUGAUGUGUAUGAGAUCAUCGAUGCCACCUCUCCCAUUGAAUGAAGAACUAAAGCACAAGGCAGGGGCACCUUUUUGCAGUGCUGCAAGUGGCCUAGCCGAGAAUAUCUUGAGCUAUCGUCCCUUGGGGGCAUCACCUCCAGGGCUACUGCCGCACAGCGUUGUAAGCAAGAGCAAUACCACAGCCGCCGCUGCCUCCGAUCCUAUGCACGCCAGUAGACAGUUCUUGGACAUUGCAGCUGCCUUACACAUAAUAAUUGCAAGGAAAACAGCGGUAUUCACCCCUGAACAGCCACGCUGGAUUGCACCAGCAGCAUUAGGCAGACUAGUAUGUGGAGAGUGUUAA